AUGAAAUUCACGGCCGUCACAGUCCUAGCAAUCGCUGCUUCAGCGUCUGGAUUCUCAUACCUUGAAAAUCUUGGAAGUGCUGCCCCAGCAGUGUCCAAUCCUGUUUCGUCGAAUAAAGCACAAGACGCUCCUUUCUUUUUCACAAACCAAGCAGAGGAGACUGGCGACAGUGCUCCUUUCUUCUUCACCAAUGGAUCCACUGAGGCACAAGCCGCACAAAUGAACGGAUCAGGUAUUCAAUCAUAUCUUGAUUCCGUUCCAAAGCAGAGUGGAGUCAGUGGGCCUGGAAUGACUUCUUAUUUGGACACUGUUCACAGAAACCCUCCAGUCGGAGGAGCAGGUAUCACGUCUUACCUUGACUCCAUGAGUGGAGCUGCUCCAGCACCUUACUCUCCUCCUGCUUCUACAGCUUACACUCCUCCAGCACGUCAAGCCAACACUCCUCCUGCCGCUGCCGCAUCUACCCCAGCCUUCAGUUCGACUCCACCAAGUGGACGAGGAAUUGCUAGCUACCUUGAUACUGUUCCCAAGAACCCUUCUGUCAGUGGACCAGGAAUCACUUCUUACCUUGAUAGUGUGCCCAAGAACGCACCUGUCAGUGGACCGGGAAUGUCGUCAUACCUGAACACAGUCGGUGGUGGAUCUGGUGGAUCAGCACAAGCGUACGCUGCUCCCGCUGCGUCGACUCCAGCUGCAUCUACACCUGCUGCUGCUGCCCAAGCUGCCCCAGCCUUCAGUUCGACUCCACCAAGUGGACGAGGAAUUGCUAGCUAUCUUGACACUGUCCCCAAGAACCCAUCUGUCAGUGGACCAGGAAUCACUUCUUACCUUGAUAGUGUGCCCAAGAACGCACCUGUCAGUGGACCGGGAAUGUCGUCAUACCUAAACACUGUCGGUGGUGGAUCUGGUGGAUCAGCUCAAGCCUACUCUGCUCCAGUCGCGUCUACUCCAGCUGCAUCAACCCCAGCUGCUGGUCAAGCUGCCCCAGCCUUCAGCUCUACUCCACCAAGUGGACGAGGAAUUGCUAGCUAUCUUGACACUGUCCCCAAGAACCCAUCUGUCAGUGGCCCAGGAAUCACUUCGUACCUCGACAGUGUCCCCAAGAAUGCACCUGUCAGUGGACCAGGAAUGUCGUCAUACCUGAACACUGUCAGUGGAUCUGCUCCAACGCCCUAUUCUCCUCCUGCUUCUCAAGCCACUCAAGCAUACUCUGCCCCCACACCCGCCCAAGCUGCUCCUGCUUUUGCUUCGACUCCACCAAGUGGACGUGGCAUUGCUAGCUACCUUGACACCGUUCCCCAGAACCCUGCCGUUAGUGGAGCUGGAAUUUCUUCAUACCUAGACACCAUCUAA